AUGACGCACCAAAAACACUCCGAUUAUACUCCCAAUUUACGAGGAAGUUAUGACAGGCCUGGAGGGUCAACUGAUGUGGCUAAUCAUACAGCCGGUGCCAUCCAAACUGUAGGAGAUGCAAUUACUCCAUUCAUUCCCCUAUUCAACAUGGUUACGAGCAUACUUAAUCAAAUGGUACAAAUCUAUGAUAAUGCAAAAUGUAAUAAAAAAAUAUGUGCUGCUUUAUUAGAUCGUGUUGAAAUUGCACAAACUGCCGUCAAAUCAUUGCAACGUAAAUAUCAGGCAAAUGAAAAAAAUUUCAGAAAUCAGGAUUAUUAUCAUGCUUGGGUUAGAUUUGUUAAUGUUUUGGAGAAUAUUAGGAAAUUUACUAAAGAAGUUACGCAAUUGUCAUAUAUUCAAAAGGUUAUAAAUGCUAACGUUGUUAAAGAGGCUUUUGAAAAAAAUAUUAAAGAAUUUGAAGAAGUUUGUAGUGAUUUAAACUUUACCAUGGCUAUGUACAAUAAUGAACAAAGAGAACAGGAGGCAAAAAAUGUAGCAGAAGAUCUUGAAAUUUUGAAAAAGUCAAUGGACGACAUGAAGGAUGAAAUUAAGGCUGAAAUUAGGUUAGCAAUAACGGAAGUUACUACGUUGAUAUCAAACGCAAAUGCUCCCGCUGAUAAAAUGGUACCUCUGAUCGAUGAGUACAAAGCUCCCAGUGUAGAUCCAAGUGAAUUACAAGAUCCAUUUUCUUCUAUCGAUAAUGUUCGUGGAACUAAUAAAACUAUCU